AUGGCGGCAAUGCUGCCGGCUGCUCAUGAUAUUCAAGGAGGAGGAGGUGGAGGAGGAGGAGAGCAGCCAGAUUUCGAAGUGGGCUUCCGGUUCCGUCCAACGGAAGUCGAGCUCAUCGACUUCUACCUUCGAAGGAGGACGCAAGGAGAUUUCAGCAUACCCGAGAGUUUCAUACGGGAACUCGACAUCUACGAGCAUCGGCCGUGGCACCUCCCGCAUCACCUCUUCCCGUACUGCAACACGGAGGAGAAGGAGAUGUACUUUUUCACUAGGAGACGUCGUGCAAGCAGCAACGGCUCCAAGAGGUUUAGCCGAACCGUCGAUGAAGGGGGUCUGUGGGAUGGUCACGCCGCGGGCAAGGCCAUCCACAAAGCUGGGAAUGGCGGGGAGAAGAUCGAGAUUGGGCACAGGGCGCAGUUGGCGUUCAAGUUGUUUGAUGAUAAGAAGAGUAAGAAGAGCACCCUCUGGAUCUUGCACGAGUAUCGUCUUGUUGAUGACAAGGCUGAUGACGUGGUGCUCUGCAGAAUCCAUAAGAGGAAGGGAAAGGACGAGGACGAGGAGGAGGUGGCGCCAGUGUUUAUUAAUACACAACAGACGGCCGACGAACAAACUUCGUUGCCAGCAGCACAGCCUUUGGUGGAAGCUGAUGCGGUUGCCGCUGCUGAUGUUGAUGAUGAUGAUCUCUCACUUGUGCGGUUACUGGAGGAAGAACUGGUGGAGGUGGAGGUGGAGGAGCAAAGACGAGUGAAGAGGCAGAGAAUAGGAGGAGGAGGAGGAGGAGGAGCUCACCAAAUUCCAAUGAAUCAGGGACUGUUGCGGUCUCCAAUGGAUAAAAGAUGUGCCAAGAGGCAGAGGAUAGAACAAGAAGAAGCCCAUCAGGCCUCCGCUGUUGAUGCUGAUGACGGGCUAACAAUGACGUUAGACGAAAUCAAUACAAUCUUGGACGAGCUUCCUUCAAAUACCUCGCAGCAGCAACCAGCAGACCCUGUGGACGUAGAGCAACUUUUGAAAUGCCUCGAAGUUGAACCCUCAACGUCGUUCGACGGCUUGUCCUUUUGUCUAGACGGCCACAUACUACAAGAAACUCCGUCGCCAGCGGAGGGGGAAAGAAGUGUGAAGGGGGGAGAGGAAAUCAUGUCAGCCAUGCAGGACUGCUUGAACAUGCCAUUGCCCGCUUAUGCUGUCGGUGAUGAGUACUGUUACGAUUUACUAGCACUGGGCAUCUGUUAG